AUGUCCUAUGACCGCUAUCUGGCUAUAUGUAGACCUUUACACUACAGCACCAUUAUGCGUAGAAGGUUCUGUGUUCACCUCAUGGCUGCAACGUGGAUUAAUUCUUUGCUGGCUAACUUCAUUGUGAUCAUCAUGAUGGCUCAGCUAUCCUUCUGUGGUCCCAAUGUCAUAGAUCAUUACUUUUGUGACUUCAUCCCGAUUGUAAAACUGUCCUGCAGUGACACAAGCAUGGUUGAAAUCACCGCCCUUUUCUUUAAUUUCAAUUUUAAUGUUGCCCUAUUCUUAUUGACUCUCACAUCCUAUGUUUGCAUCAUUGCCACCAUCCUAAAGAUCCCAUCCACCACUGGAAGGAAAAAGGCCUUCUCCACCUGCUCCUCUCAUCUAAUUGUGGUUUGCAUAUUUUAUGGCACUUUAAUCAUUGUCUACAUGUUGCCAGACUCCCCAACUCUAAGAGGUCUGAAUAAAGUCUUCUCCAUUUUCUAUACCAUCUUGAAUCCUUUGGUCAAUCCUCUCAUCUACAGCUUGAGAAACCAAGAAGUUCACAAAGCCCUAAGACGAGUUUGGAAGAAAUUGAACAUCUUUUGCAAGGCAUGA